AUGGAAGACGUGGCUGGUCAAGUGGUCGACAUCAUGAUUCAGACAUCCGUUCAUAAGGAUCAGGCUGAUCGACUACGAGCGUUGCUUGAAUCGAUUUUGAACGACGAGCAAAACAAGCGUGACGGCACUGCCAUGGCGAAUGCACUAAACUUGUUCAUUGACUCAAUCGUCAGCGAAAACAUCAGUUUGGUCGUAUCGAGGCAGCUCGUGACAGAGGUCGCCCAGAAAUUAAGCCAGUUUCCAGACGAGGUCGCUCGAGAAGUCGGUCAUCGCUUGCUUAGCGUCAUUCAACCGAGGGUUAUCUCCUACGAAGAACAGGCAGCUAGUGUCCGGCAGCACUUGGCGGACAUAUACGAACGGCAGUGCGAAUGGAGGGAAGCCGCUAAGGUGCUUAUUGGCAUUCCAUUAGAAACGGGUCAGAGGCAGUAUUCGGCGGAGUACAAGAUGCGCACAUACCUGAGAAUUGCUCAGCUGUAUUUGGAAGACAAUGACAUUACAAAGGCUGAAACGUAUGUUAACCGAGCGUCACUGUUACAGGCUGAGUGCAAAUCCGAUGAAAUGCAGGUCAAAUAUAAGGCUCAGUACGCCCGCGUGUUGAACUUUCGACGUAAGUUUUUCGACGCCGCCCAGCGCUACUAUGAGUUGUCGCUGAGAACAGAGCUGUUUGAGAAGGAGCGAUUAGCAGCGUUGACGAGCGCCCUUCAGUGCGCAGUGCUUGCUUCGGCUGGUCAGCAACGGUCGCGGAUAUUGGCCAUUCUGUUCAAGGACGAACGCUGCCAACAGUUACAGUCGUACGGCAUUUUGGAGAAAAUGUAUCUAGACCGAAUCAUUAGGAAGGAAGAACUGGAAGAUUUUAAGAAUGAACUGCUUCCCCAUCAGCUGGCUCUCACGUCGGAUGGUUCAUCCCUCUUAGAGCGGGCCAUGAUCGAACAUAACAUGUUGUCUGCCAGCAAACUGUAUAAUAACAUAUCUUUUGUCGAGUUAGGAAACUUGCUUGACAUUUCCGCUGAACGAGCCGAAAAAAUUGCCUCUCAGAUGAUCACCGAAGGCCGGAUGAGCGGCUAUAUCGAUCAGUUGGAAUCUGUCGCCUAUUUUACCGGUAAGUUGCUCUAGAU